CCUAUCAGUGGCUGAACCACGCUGAACGCAACUAUUGUUUCCCAUUGUUUCCCAUAACUGCCCAUAUAGCCCACAACCGCCCAUAACCCACCAUUCACCAUAACUGACCAUAAUCGAAGACCAAAGGACUCGUCGAUUUGAUUUCACUACAUAGGUCUUGGCAUGUGGUCGUCAAAUUCAGAUACUAGUGCAGACUUUGGAGGCGGCUUUCUGGAUAAUAGUCGCAAAGGUGAACAAGACAAUGUAAAAAUACGAAGAGUACAAACUAUUGUUCCUGUCAUGAUAGGACAUUUACUUUCUGCUUCUUCUACCGACGAGACAAAAUUCUGGGAUAUUUCUGCGCGUAUGUUUACAUUUCUUGGAAUAGUACGAAACGUUCAAGAAACGGCGACGAAAAUAUCCUACGAUGUUGAAGACCAAACAGGUACAAUAACUGCGCUGAAAUGGUUAGAAGCAGAUAAAAAAGCAUCAGACGUGACUAUUCUGAUGAACACAUAUGUUCGCAUUGUAGGAUUACUUAGAGAACAAAAUGAUGAACGUCAUAUCCUUAUUUUACGCAUGUGGCCAUUACAAGAUUUAAACGAGUUAACAAAUCAUAUACUUGAGGUUACUUUUGCUACAUUGAAAGCUGAAGCAAUGGCAAAAAAGAAUAAAGAAUUAAUAAAUCAUCAAAAUGGUAGUACAGUUGAUAAAGGGGCAAAUGAAGAUGUUCCUCAUUACGGAAUGACAGGAGACCAAUCUUUAGUUUAUAAAAUUAUAAAUGCAAAAAUAGAUACAGAAUCUGGUAUUGAAAGAGCUGAAAUAAAAGGGCAAGUACCACCAAGAAUUUUGUCAGAAGUAGAUAAUAUAUUAGAUUUUCUAGUUUCUGAAGGUCACAUAUAUACAACAAGCACAGAUGAUCACUUUAAAACAACUUAA